CCUCCUCUCAGAGUCGCAGCCGGGCGAGACUGACUGCUGUGCUUUCGCUUCUGUCAAAUUCGAGUUGCUUUUUCGGCCCUCACACACCAUGAGCUGGCAGGACUACGUGGACAAGCAGCUGCUCGCCUCGCGGUGCGUCACCAAGGCGGCCAUCGCCGGACACGACGGCAACGUGUGGGCCAAGUCCGAGGGCUUCGAGCCGAUGAAGGAUGAGCUAGCCAAGCUGGUGGCCGGAUUCGACAGCCAAGACCUGCUCACCACAGGGGGUUUGACGCUGGGCGGCACCCGCUACAUCUACCUUUCGGGCACAGACAAGGUGGUACGCGCCAAGCUGGGCAAGGUGGGCGUACACUGCAUGAAGACGACCCAGGCCGUGGUGGUGGCCCUUUACGAAGACCCCAUCCAGCCCCAGCAGGCGGCCUCGGUCGUCGAGAAGCUCGGAGAGUAUCUCGUUGGCUGCGGAUACUAGCAGUCGAGUUGGAGAGCGGCCGAAGAUCUUGUGGACGUCGCUUGCUUGUUAUUAUUUCAGCCCAGGAGGGCCUUAAACAUUGCCAAUUAAGUGAUAAUUUAAAAGUAUUUUCAAAAUUAAAAAAGCCAACACGCGCAUUUGGUUGCUGAUCAUCGUGACUUGAAGUGUUUUUUGGUCCUUUUGUACUGCUCUAAUUUAAGAUCACAUCGAAAACUACUACUACUAUAAACUACUACUAUUUGCUGGACAAUUUCUUUUUUUGUGAAUUGAAAUAAUAAAACGAUAAGGGGAAAUUGAAAAAACUUAAAACCACGUGCCAAUUUGAGUCACAGCCGCCUCUUCAUUUUGGAUCCCUGCUGCGCGCGAAACACUUUUUAUCUUUCUUUUCUCAGCUCACGGCGCAUUUUUCUCAAGUCUUUUUACGUAUCGAACGUACGAUUUAUAUAAAUAAAUAAAAAUAAUCCUACACUCGACAGAGGAAAGAAGAGGAAGAAGUCGGAAAAUUAUUCUCCACUGUCAGUAUUCUACCAUUGAUCCCUAUCGCUGUUUUUUAUUUUAUUGAUUGAGUGACAAAUAAUGAAACAACUCUAGAAUAAAAAAGCCGUUUUUCAUUUUCAAAA